AUGCGCGCGUUUCUACACUCAACGCUCACCUUUCUUGCCUUUAUUGGAGCCUCCCAUGCCGAAGUCCGCCUCAAACAGCUUUAUCAGUUUACCAAGCCGACAGACUGGGUCGAAAACAUCGCCGUGCGCUCCAAUGGUCACCUUCUUCUCACUACUUACAAUGAUGCAAGCUUAUAUUCGCUCGACCCCGAGGCACAAAAUGCCGUUCCACAGCUGAUAGCUCAGCUACCACAUGCUACUGUCCUGACUGGCAUCGCCGAGAUUGGACCAGAUGUCUUCGCCUUCGCUGGAGGUGACUUCAACAUGACUGACUUCAGUUUCGAAGACAGUUCGGGACAGGUUGCUCUGAUCAACUUAAAUGGUUGUCAGAAGCACGGGUCUGUGUCUAUUAAGACAGUAGCAAAGGUACCUGCUGCUAAGUUGCUCAACGGCCUAGUCGCUUUGCCGGAGCGCCCUGGUACUGUUCUUAGCUCAGACUCCAAGACGGGAACGAUCUAUCGAGUGGACACUCUUACCAGUCACGUUGACGUCGUGUUCCAAGACGAACGCCUUACCCCCAAUUCAGACCCGAAGCAGAUACCGCUUGGCGUCAACGGUCUCAAGAUUUACAAAAGCUACCUCUACAUGACGAACUCGGCACGCCAGUUUUUCGCACGGGUCAAGAUCAAUAGUGCUGGCGAUCGGGUCGGAGACCUGGAGAUUAUCCAACUGCUUUCCAACUCUCAGCUGGUCCCAGACGACCUUGCAAUUUCCAAGGACGGAACUGCGUUUAUUGCCGCGCACCCCGACGCUAUCGCCAUUGUGACACCGCAGGGGAAGUUGUCUACGCUUGUGGCUAGCGGAAAACCUGGACAAAGUAACGUGACGCUCAUUACGCCUACUUCUGUAGCAUUAGGCAGAGACGAGAACACUCUGUUCGUUGUGACGGGAGGAAGCGCAAAAGCAGGAGGCCUAGGUGGACAAGUGGUGGCAAUUUCAUUCUGA